AUGGAAGACUACGACGUGAUCAUUAUCGGCGCCGGCAUCUCCGGCAUCAACGCUGCCUAUCGCCUCCAAUCCCAGUUUCCGAAGCUUCGGUAUGCGAUCCUUGAGACACGCGAGGACCUCGGCGGUACCUGGGACCUCUUCAAAUACCCCGGUAUUCGCUCCGAUAGUGACCUUUUUACCUUCGGCUUUGCCUGGCAUCCUUGGGAUUCAGAUAACCCGAUCGCGCAUGGCCAUUCUAUUGUCAGCUACCUGAAAAGCGCGGCUGCGAAAUACGGCAUCACGGACCAUAUCCUCUUCAAGCAUCGUGUGGUGGGUGUCGAUUGGUCUUCCGUUGACAAUAAUUGGUCGCUCAGUGUCGAUUGCGAGAAAACAUCGAAGAUGCUUUCGGCUCGGUUCCUCGUCUUCGGUACUGGCUACUACGACUACAACACCCCUUUGCAAACCGAGAUCCCGGGACUGGACCAGUUUCAAGGACAGAUCGUGCAUCCGCAAUUCUGGCCGGAAGAACUCGACUAUACAGGCAAGAAGGUCGUCAUUAUUGGAAGCGGAGCCACAGCCAUCACUCUCUUACCGAGCAUGGCCGACAAGGCAGCACAUGUCACUAUGCUCCAAAGAAGCCCGUCUUACAUCCUCUCUUUACCCAAUAGGACUGCCUCCUGGUUAGGAUCGAUAAUUCCCACGUCACUCCAUCGUCGACUCCAGCGCAUCCGGUUCCUGUACAUAUCUCGCUAUUUCUUCCUUUUCUGCCAGUCCUUCCCAAACUUCUCCCGCUGGCUCCUCGGCCAAUCGAUGAGUCGUCAGCUCCCAAAGAAUAUUUCUUCUGACCCUCACUUCAAGCCUCGCUACAAUCCAUGGGAUCAGCGUCUUUGUGUUUGCCCCGAUGGUGACUUCUUUAAGAGUCUACAUACCGGCCGAGCAAACGUGAAGACCGACACUAUCCGCACUAUAACCUCCUCGGGCAUGGAGUUGAACUCUGGUGAUAAACUCGACGCUGACAUCAUCGUCACGGCCACUGGUCUCCGUCUCCAGCUUGCAGGGGCCAUUUCUCUCUGUGUCGACGGAGUUCCUCUGCAUGCUCCAGACAAGUUCACAUGGCGCGGUGUCAUGCUACAGGACCUGCCCAAUGCUGCCUUCCUUCUGGGCUAUGUCAAUGCGUCCUGGACUCUUGGCGCUGAUGCAUCAUCGCAGUUCAUCUGUCGCUUAUUGGGAGAAAUGAACGAGCGGGGAGUCAAGGCUGCUGUCCCAAGAAUGGAGAUUGAAACUGCAAAGCAGAUGGUUCCGCGUCGUCUGUUGAACUUGAAUUCUACCUACGUGCUGAAGGCUCAGGACAGCUUUCCAAAGGCUGGUGAUCAGGGGCCCUGGAAGCCACGCGACAACUACUUUGACGACAUAAAGUUUGCGAAGAGCCGUGGCGCACUCGAGGGACUGGAGUUCCUUGGGGAGAAGAAGAUGCUGUAG